GCCAGAAAGUAGUAGUAGUAGUAGUAGUUGAUAUUAACGCCGGGGGACCGCUACUCAUGUAGCUAUCCCAGAGCCUCCCUAGGGGCAUAUUGGGCGUGCUAGGCUAGGCUUCACAUUUUACACUUAGAUACAAGAUCCUCAUAACCCAUCUAACAACUCAUGUCCGUAGACGCGCGCCGUAGCGAUUCCUGCUGUAUCCUCCUCACCGCCGUUUGUGGGUAGUUCCCAGCUCUUAAGGUAUAUCCAACAUAUAGGUUUCCCUCUCUUUACCUCCAAACGUGUCACCGCCGCUUCUUUGUACCGCGAGCUCCUCUCGAUGUUGCCAUCGAUUCACCGGCCGUUUGAACAUGUCCCUCGAUAGCUCCUUGCGUUUGUUGGUAGGUGUGAUUCGGAGCGCUCCAUACGUUGGUGUUUGUAUUCUUCAAAGCGCGGCGCGAGGCUCUACCGCGCCGUGUUUUGGGUUAACACAAUCGCUUCUGGCGACAGUGGCGCUGGCGAUAGACUGUCUGUUCAUCCGUACGUUCGUAACGACUUCCCGGUGCUUAUGCACCCGUUACCCCUCGUACGUUUGACGUUGUCGUCGAUGCAGAUGUUGAAUUCUCUUGUCGAGAGGACAGCGUUUUGCCAGGUUUUCGGCAGUUGUUAAGGCCAUGAUGGGUUGUGGGUCAGUUUUGUAUGGGAGUUAGGUGCGCCAUUUACUGAUCCACUACCGCCGCACUAACAGUGGGCGCCAAGACUGGUAGUUGAACU